AUGCCUGCCCCUAACCGAAACGAGAAAGUCAAGUGUGAGAAAUUUGGUGAUGAAUACAGGAGAUCUGAUGCUGCGAGACAUCGAAAGAAAUGUGAAAAGCAGGCGGAACAUAAGUGUUCAAACUGUCAUUUUUAUGCAAAGAGGAGCUGGGUUAUCAUGUUGCGAAGAAUCAUGCUCAACCAAGUUCGAAGCAGUCGAAAGUAUCCUUCUUGCGACCAAGAAUUCCCAAGUCACUACUCUCUCCAACAACAUCGAAGAAAGGAACAUGGAGCAAAAAGACGGAAACCCAGUGAUACUGUAGCGAACUUGAACAAGAUUGUGGAGGAAGAAGGGGAAGAUGGUGAAAAACUGAAGGAUGAACUUAGUGCUUGUCAACAUUUUUUGGUGGAUACGGAGAUGGAAAAUGGGAGACAUAAGAUAAUGCGUGCCCUUAACCGAAACGAGCAGGUCAAGUGUGAGAAAUUUGGUGAUGAAUACAGUAGAUCUGAUGCUGCGAGACAUCGAAAGAGAUGUGAAAAGCAGGCGGAACAUAAGUGUCCAAACUGUCAUUUUUAUACAAAGAGCAAAGAGGAGAUGGGUUAUCAUGUUGCGAAGAAGUAUUCUCAACCAAUUCCGAAGCAGUCGAGUUUAUCCUUCUUGCGAACAAGAAGUCCAAGCUACUACUCUCUCCAACAACAUCGGAGAAAGGAACAUGGAGCAAAACUACGGAAACCCAGUGAUACUGUAGCGGACAUGAACAAGAUUGUGGAGGAAGAAGGGGAAGAUGGUGAAAACCUUAAAGAGGAACUUAGAGCUUGUCAACAUUUUUUAGUGGAUACGGAGAUGGAAAAUGGGAGACAUCAGUGUGUGCACCAGGAGGAAUCUGAGAAUGUCCUCAUUAUUUGA